CUCCGGAUCAAUCCUCGGCACCGAUCCCCUUCCCCUCCGCCGCCGCCGCCGCCGCCGCCUCUCUCCUCCUCCUCGUCGCCGGUGGCGAUGGUUCCGCAGAGCCAGAGCAGCUCCCUGCAGCGCCUCCACCACGUCGAGAAGCGGAUAGUGCGGGUGUUGGAGCUGGCGGGGGCGGUGAUGGAGGAGCUGGGAAACUCGCAGGGCCCCCGCACUGACGCCGUCGGCGCGCACUGCCGUGAGUUCAUGGCCUCUAUUAAGGAUAUUCAAACAACAUUGCGUGAGGAAAUCAAAAGUGCUUGUGAACAUCGUCCAUUUGAAAAAUGUGACUACAGUGCGAGGAUUGCUAAUGACAUAUGUUGUAAGAAGCUGGAGUAUGUAAUUGAGAAGUUGGAUGCUAUGCAAUUGAACAUCGAAGAAAGCACUGACGAUAUUUAGAAAGCUGCCAAGCUGUCUAUCUAUUGGUGAGUGCAGUGCUCCCCAUGGCUUCCUUUCUUGACUUUUUAUUAGGACCUGUUUGGAAUGCGAGGUUUGUUUAAGGAAUUUUAGGGCUUUAGUUAAGGAUUUGGUUCCUAACCCCCCUAUCCAAACAGGCCAUUACUAUAGUAGCUACAGGAUAUCUUUCGUUUAGUUGAAUUCAAUAAAAAUUAACGUAACGGGGUAUAAACUGCAUAGGGAAUAAGAGACACUAGUAUUGUGGUACUAGCCCUGCGUAUGCCAUAUUUCCAUAUAUAUAAAAACUUGGGUCGUUUCAGGCCCCUCAAAAGUGAUUUCACUCAGUAUUCUACUCCUGUAGCACAUUUGGCAGAUUAGUUGUGAAUUUUCUUUACUUGCUAGGCAACCGGCAUGAUCCGCGACACUACAUGACUUUCAUUGCACUAUAUGUUAUGUGUUUUCAUGGAUGACCAUUUCUUUUUGGCUACUAAAAUUACCUGAUGAAGCUUUUGCAAUUCGUAUAUGGAUGCUUUAAAUUUUAAGCUUUCAUACUGUUGUUCCUCAACAUGUGAUUCAUGGAUUUGGGAUGAUAAAGUUACACCAGAUAAUUGUAUGGAAUACACUGCUAAAUCUUGUAAAGUAUGUGGCUAGCUCUUGUAAUAGGUUAGGCAUCUUCUUGUAUACUUUUAUCUGUCAAAAAGGGGAAACUGUUUAUGUUUCUUUAUCAUGCUAAUGAUAUUUUUUGGUACUCAUCCUUGAAGAACUGUCUACCUUUUGAACUGGAAUGUGGUUUCUUCUCCGUUCAGAAACAGUAGCCGUAUUUCUUUUUGGACAAGUCAAACUUUGUGUACUUUGACUAACAUUUAAUCAAUUUAUAAAAAUGUCUUGUGUAUAAAAAUUAUACAACUAGGUUCACAAUUCAAAAUGAUUUCACACUCUAUAGGUUUUUAGCUAUAAAUAAUAUAUUUUGUGAGAAAACCUUAGUUAAAAUUCAACUUCGAAGACCGAUCCCAAGAGAAAUACACCUACUAUUUCUGAACGGAGGGAGUAAAUUACACAUACUUUGUGGAUUACUUUCAGGGUCAUGAGCGGUGUAUAUCUCUGAUUGGGCGGUAUACAGAAGGAACGUUAGUGAAGCUUCCGAUUAACUCACAAUAGCAGGGAGCUUUGCUCAACUCUGGGAUUGUAACUUGUGGUUUAUUUGUAGUAUAUUUAUCCGGGACAGUGUUCUUCCUUAGUUCAGCUGCAGCUGUGCAGAACAGCUACCUGCUGAUGCACAGUAGCAAGGAGCUGGGCUUAACUAGCAUAUGAGUAGCAUCCUUGGGACUAAAACAGAGGGAUUUUUUGAGGUAGUGUAUUUUACUAACGAGAAUUUCUUCUUCUGUAGCACUUCAAUGUAUUGCAUACACUUGCUUCAUCCUUAGAACAUGCCUUUUGCUAUAUUGGUAGCUCAUUCUUGAACAGUGAUCCUCAUGUACACUAGCAAUGAACGGUGUUUUGAUUUAUUGUUGCUGAUGGUUCGACAUCCACUGCAUUCCAAGCUCGUCAGGUUUUAACUGCUGCAAAUACUGUAUGAUUGUUUACUCUAUUUGUAAAAAGUUCGAAGUCCUCAAGGCUCAUGUCAAAGGAUUGAGUAUGCCGCCACAUCAGCCCCAUCAAAUCCCAAGUACACCCUAUCUAUCUCUUCAAGGGAGUUGACUACAAGUACAGUAAUUAUUGAAGACUUAUAUUCCAUUUUAUGAUUUUCAGUGAUUCUCCCAAGUGAAUUUUUUUAUUUGCAGACUUGUCCUUUAAUGAAGUCACCAAGCAGGUGAACAACAUGCUUGAUUGGAGGGAGCCAGGGUGGAGAGAAGGCACCCCUUGAAUCCUGUUGCAUGUGAGGUCGAGGAGUAUGAUGGAGAGGCAAUUAACUGUAAUUGACACUAGCGUGAUGAGCUCCUGAACGUGUUAGAGAACUGCUAUUGAUUACAGGGGUUUCUAGAUGCCUGACAGGCAUGGGUGAUAGCUUGAUAGGCACAUUCUUUGCCCGGUGGUAUUGGAAGUGAUGGGCAUUGGCCACAAGCAAAAUAUGACUGGCAGAAGUUGAUCGCUGGAAAAGCUUGAUCUUGGCCAUGCUCCUGCCUUCUGAUUGCUACAGGAAACAUGGUUCAAGAUAGCUAGUGCAGGCUCAACAAAUCUUUAUGAAGUGGAGGAUACACAAGUUGGAUGUUGGGUGAAAGAAAGAAGUAAACAUGGCUUGCCGACGCAAAGAAAAAAUCAAUCUUGUUUGCCAUUGCAGGAAUGGCAGAAAUGGAGCAAGAUGGUGACAUGGCUUCUCGUUAUAUUUCAUCAGGAGUUGUAUAUGAGUACUAUAUGGGUCAGUCGCAGUUAAUGGUGCCAUUUCGAUGGAUAAACCAACAGGAAGUAUAAACUCAGUAAUGCUAAUAAAUUUAUUACUAUGUGCCACUGGUUAGCAACAAUCCAUCACAUCUCCAUGUGUCUUUA